AUGCCAAAGAAAAUUAAUAUUACUGACAAACCGGGGUUUUCAUACUUCACUACCACGCCAUGUGAAGAAUGGGAUGCACUAGAAUAUCAUGAGGAAUGGUGUGCGUCCAAACAUCCCAUUAACAAGGCAACGAUCACGGUAGCAAUCACGCGACAGCUAGAAUGGUUUAUGAAGGAAGGAUCAGAAGAAGAAAAGAAGGAAGCUAACAGAAUGUUUAAGCAAUUUAAG